AUGUCAAGCUAUUUAGGUAAACAACCUAAAAGAAAGAGACUUAAAGUGUUUGAGUCUUUGACUGAUGCUCAUGAUGAACCUGUGGCAGUUACUCGAAUGCUGGAAGUUUCCAAUGUCCCUUGCAUCUCUACUUUACUUGCCCAUUCUAGAACAUUUGGUGAAAUUCAACUUUUCGAUUCAUCCAGAGCUGCUUGCGGAAUCUUCAGAAUUGCCUAUUACGAUAUCCGCGACGCAGAAAAGGCUAAAAACGAAUUAGAAUCCUCAUAUGACAUCUCAUAUGCUUCCCCAGGCUCUGAUUCAAAAUUUUCUGACUAUAUAUAAUAUAUACGUAUUUUUGCAUUUAUUUAUAUGGAUUUAGAGCAUGUUAAUCAUGCCAACAUAUAUAAUGCAAGCAAAAAAUCUAAAAAGCUAUAAUUGUUCCUCAAGCAAAUUUUAUCUAUCAUGCUUAUCUUCGGUACGGAGAAAUCAUGAGCACAGAAGUAAUAGGCGCUUAUAUAAUAGUUCGGUAUUUUGAUGUAAGAGCUUCUAAACGAACUUAUUCAGAACCAUAUGAAUUCGAAGAAGAUCAAUUCUUCGAAAAUGAGUUUCACGACACUCCCCUUCUCUCUUCGCAGCUUGAUCUAAGCAUAAGCUCAGAGUCCACAUCUCCAAGUCCUUACUUUUUCUUCGGUUCUGAAAGUUCAAGCCGAGAAAGCCCUUACGAUGACCGCAAAAAGCCUCGGAAAAAGCCUCUCGAUGAAGAAGAAAAAAUGUUUUUUAUUAUUAGGCUAGAAACACUUCUAUCUGGAGAAGAAACUAGGACAACGGUGAUGAUCAAAAACAUCCCUAACAAAUACACCCAGCAGAUGCUGCUAGAUAUAGCGCUUUCCCGAGGAUGGCGCGGAAUGGCGCCAUCCUCGGGAAAGCCAACUAAGCAUCCACACGGGAACUGGGGGAGUUCCACGUGUGGAUGCCAUUUUUGACAUGUUGAAGUUUGGAUCCCACAUGUCAAAAAUGGCAUCCACACGUGGAACUCCCAGUUCCCGUGUGGAUGCUUAGUUGACUUUCCCGAGGAUGGCGCCAUUCCGCGCCAUCCUCGGGAAAGCGCUAUAGCAUUGAUAAGCACUUUUCUAAGACUUACGACUUCUUCUACCUGCCAAUUGACUUUAAAAACAAGUGCAAUGUAGGGUACGCGUUUAUUAACUUCUUGGAGCCUGUUACCAUUGUCAAGUUCUAUGAAGAGUACAAUGGAAAGCGCUGGGAAAGGUUUAACAGUGAAAAAAUCUGUGCUCUUGCCUAUGCACGCAUACAAGGAAGGCAAGGAUUAAUCCAGCACUUUCAAUGCUCAUCUGUGAUGAACCAAGACGACACCAAGGUAAAGCCUCUUAUUCUCCAAAUUAAUCCUCAAUUUUAA